CUGCAGAUGAAGGGCAACCGGGAGAUGGUCUAUGACUGUACCAGCUCCUCCUUCGACGGGAUCAUCGCGAUGAUGAGCCCUGAGGACAGCUGGGUCUCCAAGUGGCAGCGGAUCAGUAACUUCAAGCCGGGUGUUUAUGCAGUGUCAGUGACUGGCCGCCUGCCUCAAGGGAUCGUCCGAGAGCUGAAGAGCCGUGGCGUGGCUUACAAGUCUCGAGACACAGCUAUAAAAACCUAA